AUGAAAUUCAACAUCGAUGAUCUACCCAUUCUAUUUCCUUACCCCAAGAUAUAUCCUGAGCAAUAUGCCUACAUGUGCGAUCUCAAAAAAACUCUCGAUGCAGGUGGACACUGCGUUCUGGAGAUGCCUUCGGGUACCGGCAAGACCGUUUCCCUACUGUCCCUUAUUGUUGCUUACCAACAAUACAUGCCUGAAAAGCGCAAGCUAAUUUACUGUUCUCGUACGAUGUCCGAGAUCGAGAAGGCGUUAGUCGAGCUGAAGUCUUUGAUGAAAUACCGAGCCGAGGAGCUCGGGUACGAGGAAGAGUUCCGCGGCCUGGGCCUGACAAGUCGCAAGAACCUGUGUCUUCAUCCUUCUGUAAAACGAGAAAAAAGCGGUGCCAUUGUUGAUGCACGCUGCAGAAGUCUCACAGCCGGCUUUGUUAAGGAGAAAAAGGAGCGUGGCGAGAGUGUCGACGUCUGUGUCUACCACGAUAACCUCGAUCUUCUUGAGCCUCAUAACCUUAUUCCCAAUGGUGUUUGGUCUUUUGACGACAUUAUUCGGUACGGUGAGGAACAUAAGCAGUGCCCGUACUUUACUGCACGGCGAAUGAUGCAAUACUGUAACGUGGUCAUUUUCUCCUACCACUACCUCCUUGAUCCCAAGAUCGCAGAAAGGGUGUCAAAGGACUUUUCCAAGGACUGCAUCGUUGUUUUCGACGAAGCUCACAACAUCGACAACGUUUGUAUCGAGUCCCUCAGCACAGACAUUACAGAAGACUCGUUGCGCAAGGCAACUCGGGGAGCGCAGAAUCUAGAGAACAAGAUAUCUCAGAUGCGCGACACAGAUCAGGAGCAGCUACAGAAUGAAUACCAGAAACUUGUGCAGGGAUUACGUGAUGCCGACGAAGCACGUCAAGAAGAUGCGUUCAUGGCAAACCCUGCGCUCCCUGAAGAUUUGCUCAAAGAAGCUGUACCAGGAAACAUCAGAAGAGCAGAGCAUUUCAUUGCGUUCCUAAAAAGAUUUAUCGAGUACUUGAAGACAAGAAUGAAAGUGCGCCAAGUCAUUUCCGAGACGCCGCCUUCGUUCCUUGCCCAUCUCAGAGAGCACACAUUUAUUGAGAAGAAGCCUUUGAGGUUUUGUGCUGAACGCUUGACAUCAUUGGUUCGGACCCUUGAGCUUACCAAUAUUGAGGACUACCAGCCUCUCCAAGAGGUUGCGACUUUCGCGACCUUGGUAGCUACAUACGAGAAAGGCUUUCUCCUCAUCCUCGAACCAUUUGAAUCAGACACUGCCGAGGUUCCUAACCCGGUUCUUCACUUCACAUGUCUCGACGCAGCCAUUGCAAUCAAGCCCGUUUUUGACAGAUUCUACUCUGUCAUCAUUACUUCUGGUACCAUUUCACCCCUCGAAAUCUAUCCCAAGAUGCUGGAUUUCUCUACAGUCAUUCAAGAGUCAUAUGCCAUGACCCUGGCUAGACGAUCAUUCAUGCCUAUGAUCGUUACUCGAGGAAGUGAUCAGGCCUCUGUAUCAACCAGCUUUCAAGUCCGAAAUGAACCUAGUGUGGUGCGAAACUAUGGCAACUUGCUUACAGAAUUCGCCAAAAUCACUCCAGAUGGCAUGGUUGUUUUCUUCCCUUCGUAUCUCUAUAUGGAAUCCAUCAUCAGUAUGUGGCAGGGAAUGGGCAUUCUUGAUGAAGUUUGGAAGUACAAACUUAUUCUCGUGGAGACACCCGAUGCGCAAGAAACUUCGCUCGCUUUGGAAACAUAUCGUACAGCCUGCUGUAACGGUAGAGGUGCGGUAUUGCUUUGUGUCGCGCGAGGCAAGGUUUCUGAAGGCAUCGAUUUCGAUCAUCAAUAUGGCCGUACCGUACUGUGUAUUGGAGUCCCGUUCCAGUACACUGAAUCGCGAAUCCUCAAGGCCCGUCUUCAGUUCUUAAGAGAAACAUAUCGUAUCAAGGAGAACGACUUCCUAUCCUUCGACGCAAUGCGACAUGCUGCGCAGUGUCUUGGUCGUGUCUUGCGUGGAAAAGACGAUUACGGAAUCAUGGUGCUUGCUGACCGUCGCUUUCAAAAGAAGCGUACGCAGCUACCCAAGUGGAUCAACCAAGGUCUUCAGGAGUCUGAUGUGAACUUAAGCACCGAUAUGGCUGUGAGCAGCGCAAGAAGGUUCCUGAGAACCAUGGCGCAACCAUUCCGGGCAAAGGACCAGGAAGGUAUAAGCACAUGGGGAUAUAAGGAUCUGAUGGAGCACAAGGAAAAAAUGGACAUGGAGAGAAUCAAGGAGCUUGAGGAGGAGGCUCAACGGCCACAGCCAGUGGCGGCUCAGGAACAAGACUUCGAAUAUGAUGACGACGAGUUAGACCAGGACAUGAUGGAGAUGGAUGGAUUCUAG